AUGGGAUCCGUCGCUUCGCCCUUUCCGACCCUACCAAACAUCGAGAGCCUCAGAGCACUCUUCCCGUCUAACCUCCGAGGCUCUGAAUACAGCGUGGCAUACGUAUAUUCCGGCGUGGCCCUCCUGGCCUUCGGAGAAGAGAAGCGGAUACCAGAAUUAUGGCAGCAGAUUGCACGAGUACACGCGGACAGCGAGGCGGCGCAGGUGGUCGCGGUGAAGCGUCUGCGUGAGGGUAUGACGAAGGCUAGCCCGCUCGUGGGGUUUCCUAGAGCAAUCAACGCCCUCACCGCCCUCCAACACUCGAUCAAACAAACCUGCCCCCCUUCCGUCCUAUCUGCACUCUCUUCUCCUUCUCCCCCCAGCUCUGACUCGCAAACCGCUUCUUCUCGCCGCGGCCAGGCACUGUUCGAUUCCACGUACGGUCCGCACGCGAGCCGUGUGCGCGGCAACCUAGACGCCAUUUCGGGCGGCGUGUUGGGAGGUUUUGCGGUGAAAUGUGUUUAUGGGGAAUUACUAGCGGCGGGGACAGCAGGGGACGCGGAGGAGGGGGAAGAGGUAGAUGGACGGAAACAGGGGGAUGAUAGCGAGGAAGGGUGGAGGCUCAGCGCGAAAGAAAGCGCUGAGCUGGUGUUUGUCGCGUGUUUGGCGGCGGGGCAGGGGGCGCAGGCGAAGGGGUGA